GUAAACAUUCAUUACUAUCAUACUGAUAAACAGACAUACUUACUCAUUUCAUACUCUUAUAUUUAAUUAUGAUAUACCUUAGUAACUAAAUAAAGGUUACAAACAUAACCUUGAUCAUUAUUAUCAUACUUACUUACUUACCUACGCCUGUUACCCCUCGUGGAGGAGCAAGCAUAGGCCGCCCACUAACAUUCUACAUCAUAUGAUCAUUAACCAAGAAAAAAAAUCUAAUGAGUUUUGGUUCGUUUUUUUUUUUUGGAAUUAAAUUUUUUUUGUAUAUAAAGUGUAGUUGACAAGUGAAAUUCACAAAUUAUUGAAUUACACAUACCAUACCAUUCAAUUCAUCUCUCUCUCUCUCUCUAUAUAUAUAUAUAUAUAUUCAACCCUUUUGAUUCAACCUUUCGAUCCAACACUUUGAUCCAACCCUUUUGAUUCAAUCCUUCGAUCCAACACUUUGAUCCAACCCUUUUGAUUCAAUCCUUCGAUCCAACACUUUGAUCCAACCCUUUUGAUUCAAUCCUUCGAUCCAACACUUUGAUCCAACCCUUUUGAUUCAAUCCUUCGAUCCAACACUUUGAUCCAACCCUUUUGAUUCAAUCCUUCGAUCCAACACUUUUAUCCAACCCUUUUGAUUCAAUCCUUCUGAUCCAACACUUUGAUCCAACCCUUUUGAUUCAAUCCUUCGAUCCAACACUUUGAUCCAACCCUUUUAAUUCAACCCUUAUUGAUCCAAUCCUUUUGAUCUGACCCAUUGAUAUUCAAAUCAUGUCUAUCAAUCAAUUAACUCAAGAACAAUGGGAUGAUUUAUUUCAUAAAUAUAAAUCAUUACGUGAAUCAAAUAAUAUUGCAUGGGAUGAUAUAAAAACUGCAUUAGAAGUUGUUGGUGUCUCUGUUGCUGGUCAUGAAAUAAGAGAUUUAGUUGGACAACAAAGAAAUUGGCUUAAUCCAGAUGAAUUUCAUGAAUUAUAUAAAAAAGCAAAAGAUUUAAAAGAUACAACAAAAGCUAUUAGCAAAGCUUUAUUAUUAAAACAUGCUGAAGAUGUGAAGUCAUUUACUGUUGGCAAAAAUGAUACUGAUACUAGACAUUCAGUUAGUAAAGCAGAAGAAAGAGGUUUUACAUUAUGGAUCAAUAAACGUUUGGGUCAUGAUGUUGAAUUACAAGAUGGUAUUCUACCAGUUGAUCCAUCAGUUGAUGGUCAAUUAUAUCAACGUUGUAAAAAUGGGAUAUUGUUGUGUAAACUUGUCAAUGUGGCUAGUCCAAAUACUAUUGAUGAACGAAGUAUAAAUAGAGGACCUAGUUUGAAGAAUGUUUUUAAUGUUCAUGAAAAUCUUACAUUAGCUGUUAAUUCAGCUGCUUCCAUUGGAUGUUGUGUAGUAAAUACUGGUCCAGAAGAUAUUAUGCAAGGUAAACGACAUAUUGUACUAGGAUUAAUUUGGCAAUUGAUACGUCGUGGAUUAAUCGAUACAAUUACACUGAACAGACAUAAAGAAUUAAUAGCUUUACUACAUGAUGGAGAAACUGCGGAAGAUUUAUCUACAUUGAAACCAGAAGAAUUAUUAAUGCGUUGGGUGAAUUAUCAUUUACAUCGUGCUGGUUGUGAUAGACGUAUUACAAAUUUCAAUUCAGAUUUAGCUGAUUCCGUUGUCUAUGCACAUUUAAUGGAACAAAUAGUACCAAUCGAUAAACGUUGUAAAUUAAUGUCUGCUAGUGAAAUUUUAAGUUCAACAAGUCGUCAAGAAAGAGCAAUGAAUGUAUUGAAUAAUAAUGAAACAUUGGGUACACCAUUUACUUUAGCACCAGAAGAUAUAUAUCUAGCUGGUGAAAAGAAUAAUGAUAAUCGUGAUCGUUUAAAUUUAGCAUUUCUUGCUACAUUAUUCAAUAUGUAUCCAGGUUUAGAUGCACGUCGUGAUGAUUUCCUGGUAGAAGGUGAAACAUUGGAAGAAAGAACUUAUCGUAAUUGGAUUAAUUCAUUAGGUGUUAAACCAUAUGUAACACACUUGUACACUGAUCUUAGUAAUGGAUUAGUAUUAUUACAAUUAUUUGAUAAAAUUAAACCGGGUGCAGUGGAUUGGUCAUUAGUGGAUCAAGAUUUUGAUCCUAAAAGACGUUUAUUUCAAGAAACAGGGAAUUGUAAUUUAGUGAUUGAUUCGGCACAAUCAAUGAAUAUACGUUUUGUUAAUGUUAGUGGUAAAGAUAUACAAAAAAGGGAUCGUAAAUUAGUUUUGGGCGUUUGUUUCACAUUGAUGCAAGCAUAUAUAUUUAAAUUACUUCAUGAAGUUACUCCAGGUGAAAGUCAUAUUCCACAUGAUGAUAAAGAUAUUCUAACAUGGGUAAAUGAACAAAUGAUGGAAGCAAGAGCUAAACCACUUAGUAGCUUUAGAGAUUCAGCUCUAGCUACUGGUAUACCUAUCUUACAAUUACUUGAACAUAUUAAACCUAAUUCAACUAAUAAAGAUAUAUGGUUAGGUAAUAAUAUUGAUGAUGCAUCUAUACGUCAAUAUGCUAUAUCAUGUUGUCAUAAAGCUGGUGCUAGAGUAUUUACUUUACCAGAACAUUUAGAAGAUUUAAAUGGUAAAAUGAUUUUAACCUUAUUUGCAUCAUUACAAUUAUUAUAUUAUAAUCUUAAACAAAAAGCUGAAAAUAAACAUAAACGUAUUAAAAAUAAUGAAUUAAAAUGGUUAAAAUUAAAUGAUGAUCAAAAAAUUAAUGGAGACGAAUAAAAAAAAGGGGGGAUCGUUUUUUUUUUGUUGCUAAGGUUUCAAUGAAUCAAAUUGUUUCUAUACAUAUAUACAAAAAAAAAUUUUGUUGCCACCUUAAUUAUCUUAAAAAAAAAACAAAAAACAAAACGGAACUUAAUUAGUUACAGAUGGUAUAUUCAUUUCAGUCUAAAAAAAAAUCUUUUUUUUUUGUUGCCAACAAUUGAAUGAAUCAAAUUGUUUAUAUAGAUACAUACAAAAAAAAAAAUUUUUGUUUCCAUCUUCAUUUAUCUUUUAAAAAAAAAAGAAAAAAAAAACAGAACUCAAUUAGUUACGUACUUUCUUGUUUAAUUUUUUUUUUGUUUUUCUUUUGUUGCUAAGGGAAUUUCUUUGAUCUAAAAUCUAUAUACAUAUGUAUGAUUAAGUAGUAAAGGAAUUCAAGUGCCAAAUAAUAUUUCAUUUGUUCUUUUAUGUGUUAUCAUUUAUUGACAUGUUACCCUUUCUUUUUAUUUUUUAAAUAUUUUUUAUUUUUCACAAGUUAAACUUCAUUUGAAUUGUUUUGCCAUAGUAAUUAAUAAAAUAAAUUAUAUAUUUUCAUUAAAUG